AUGGCCGCUCUCAUAUUCCUCAGCAACCUGAAUUUAGGUGACUAUCUCUCACGUAGUUGGUCUUAUUUCAUCAAAUCCAUCAUUCGUACAGGUCAGAACAAUGCGCCAAACUCAAAGAAUCAAGUUACAUGUGGCUGCUGGCAUAAUCUCCCCGGAGAUAUCAUUGAGACGGUCGUAAACCAAUUAACUCUAACUGAUCGAAUCCGGAUGAGCAGUGUUUGCAAGGGAUGGAGAGUGAUUCUUACAAAGAAAGACAUUCAGACAGUUGUUGAGAUUCCAUGGCUGAUGCUUCUCCAAUAUCCGAUUGGCAAAGACAUAAGUUUUUAUAACUUCUCUGAGGAAAGGGUUUAUAAUCUAGAGCUGCCAAAGUCAGUCCAUGGAGGGUGGUGCUAUGGAUGUUCCAAAGGUUGGUUGAUAAUGAUAACUGGAUCAGAAUUCAACCCAAGUCUCUUUUUAUUGAAUCCAAUUACUGGAGCUCAACUUCAACUUCCUUCCCUGACAACUAUCCCAUCUUUUGAAAGUUUUGCAAUUUGGCACUCAAAAUUCGAAAAGUUCAUUACCAGAAUCACAAUAUCUUCUACCGAUGCUGCCGAAUGUAUAGUUGCAGCAAUAUGUGAUGAUGAGAUAUUGGUAUUCUGUCGACCAACUGACGAAAGAUGGAACAUCUUCCAAGGAGAAGGUGAAGAUAAUGGAAAUUCUUGUGAUGCCCUGUUAUUUCGUAACAAUACACUUUAUGUCUUAAUUGACAGUGAAGAGAAUUGUGUUAGAAAUUUUAGUAUUAAAUUAUCAGAUUGCCAGAUGAUGUUGACAUUGAUCUCAUUCCAUUAUAAUGGUUACUUCAAUGUGGAAGAUGAAGUCGUUGAGUUUCAGCAUUUUAAGAUUUUCAAGGAAACAUGUAUACAUUAUGAUCUGGCAGAGUCAACAGAUAGUGAAUUGCUAGUUAUCGUACAAAUCCUGGAUAUAUUUGCAUUGAAGGAUGAUAUUCUUGAUGAUGUGGAUGACCUUGCAUAUGGUGAUGACCUUGGUGAGGGGGAGGAGCAUGACAUUGGUGAGGGAAAUCAGGAGCAUGAAGAUGGUGAUGACAUUGGUGAGCGGUAUGAGGAUGAAAAUGGGUGCCCACUUCGUUUGAGAUAUUGGAAGACAAUUGGAUUUGAAGCAUUCAGGAUCAAUCUUAGCAAUGGACACUGUGACAUUUUAAACAGCUUAGGUCACGAUACAGUUCUAUUUUUGGAUAUAGUUGGUUCAUCAUGCUUUUUGAACAGGGACAGCAAUGGGAUCCAUGGAAACUCCAUUUAUUUUACAUCCAAUAUUUCAGGCAGGGAAGAACAAGCUACGGUUGUGUCUCGUGAAUCCGGGGUGUUUUACCUAGGAGGAGGAAGGAUUGAACGUUUUCUCCCCAGUUUGAAGCCUGCAGAAGUAAGGGGAUGGUUUACUGCCAAUAUAUAG